AUGGAGAGUCAGAGAUCCUUGGUUGAUGUGAUCUCCCCGGCUGCAUUUAUCGCCUCCAUCCCAACGCCUCCUUGUUUCUUCUGCCACCUUUCUGGUGAUGGCAAUAUUCUGUCUCCUGCUCCGGACCCUUCUUUAAAUAACGCAUUUCCACCAAGAAUACUUGGGUCUUCAUUACAAAUAAACAAUGAGGCCAACCAGAUUUCUGUCACAAAUGAUCUUGGAUUUGAUCAGUGCCCUGACGAAGCUUCCUCGAAAAUGUUCGAAGGCAGUAAUACUAACAAAAUUUUAGAACAUGAAUCUACUAUGUGCAACCAACUUCAAUUGUACGAUGGAAGCACAGAACUUGUAAAAGGUUUGCAUCCAAAUAAUCCAAACAAUCAAAUUCUAGAAGAGAUCGAGCAGACGCAAAAUAAAAGGAUGACUUCAGUACACUCUAUUUCAUUCUCUGAACUUCUCGGAACCCAACCAAGUAAGAAAGAAUAA